CUGUGGUAACUAGUGACGACCCAGCUUGGUGUGCUGAAGGAGAUUCCCUCCCGCGGACAGGUUGCUGUCACUACAGCUACCAUGUUAUCCCACUCCCGGUGUGUCACCCGGAAUUUUGGUCGUUCCAUCUCUGUCAUUCGUCAGGUAAGCAUUAUACCAUUGGCAAACUUGAGUGUUUUCUGUGAUCGCACGGGUAGAUUCAUCCAUGCUGCUGCCAAUGCUAACGUUAGCUCGCUAGCUAGAGUGUGGCGCCGCCGGUGCGAGCAGUAGAGGCCAUGGUAGGCCUUCUUCGCAUUGUCAAGCCAAGGACAGCCUGACACCCUGUUUGGUUCAAACCGAUUUUGAAUUCUAAAGUAGUCUCUCCCAUGUAGCUAAUCUGAUUUGUUAGCUAACAUUUUUGGUUUCACUUGCUAACUUGUUCGUUAGUCAACCAGUGGUUUAUUUAGCUAGCUAACUUAGCUAGCUUGCCUCUUGGAAACAAUCUGAGGUCAUUUGAGAGUUUUGGCUAGCACACAUACCAGUAACAAUUUGUAUAAUGAUGAAGACUUAUAUUUAGCCUAGCUAGAUACAUUUUUAUUGAAAUUAACUUUACAUUGCACAUGAUGUUCGAAUUCCCUCUUCAAAGUUACAUCACCCCUCUAUUGACUGUCUUAGCAAAAGAUAAACAGAUCGGUCUGAAGUUGAACUUUCACACACAGAUAAGAAAGCCCUCUAUUCAAUCUAUUUUCACUUGGUCAUAUAUUACAUUAUAGUAGCUAGUUAUCCCCUAGUGUAGUAGACCUUAUGUCUACAUUGUUUCCAUGUGUUGAAUUCACUGAUUGGUCCAACACACAUGUAUGUUGACCUCCCCCUACCACCACUACACUGACCUUUGACUGGGGAGCUAAAGAACAGUAUGUCCCAGUUUGCAAUUUCAGAAUGUGGGGGAGUGAAAGUUUCACCCCUGCAUGUGGACAUUGUAAAAACAUGAUCCUUGGUAACAAACACCUGUUGUUGAUUUUAUGCAUAUUCACCCCCUUGUUUUGGAAGUGGGGAAUACAGUCAGUGGCAUAUGAUAUGAGCCAUUUGAGUACUUCAACUUUUUAAAACUAUGUCUGUGAAUUCUACUGUAAACCACCUGAACAACAUCACAUCUGGAGUAGAUUAUUUUGAAUUGUUUAAUAAACACUUUAUAUUGAUAGCUAACAGGUUGCUGUUCUCUAUGACAGGGAAACAAUGUCUUGGCACGGCAGGCUGUGUCAGGUGAGUGUGUUUUGAAACUGCAUGUACAGUGCAUUCGGAAAGUAUUCAGACCCCUUGACUGUUUCCACAUUUUGUUACAUUACAGCCUUAUCCUAAAAUUGAUUUUUUUUUUUUUUUUUUUUUUUUUUUUUUUUUACCUCAAUCUACCUACAAUACCCCAUAAUGACAAAGCAAAAACAGGUUUUUAGACAUUUUUGCAAAUUUAUAAAAGAUAAAAAGCAGAAAUGUACAUUUACAUAAGUAUUCAGACCCUUUACUCAGUACUUUGUUGAAGCACCUUUGGCAGUGAUUACAGCCUCAAGUCUUCUUGGGUAUGACGCUACAAGCUUGGCACACCUGUAUUUGGGGAGUUUCUCCCAUUCCUCUCUGCAGAUCCUCUCAAGCUCUGUCAGGUUGGAUGGGGAGCGUUGCUGCACAGCUAUUUUCAGGUCUCUCCAGAGAUGUUAGAUCGAGUUCAAGUCAGGGCUCUGGCUGGGCCACUCAAGGAUAUUCAGAGACUUGUCCCGAAGCAACUCCUGCGUUGUCUUGGCUGUGUGCUUAGGGUCAUUGUCCUGUUGGAAGGUGAAUCUUCGCCCCAGUCUGAGGUCCUGAGUGCUCUGGAGCAGGUUUUCAUCAAGGAUCUCUCUGUACUUUGCUCCGUUCAUCCUUCCCUCAAUCCUGACUAGUCUCCCAGUCCCUGCCGCUGAAAAACAUCCCCACAGCAUGAUGCUGCCACUACCAUACUUCACCGUAGGGAUGGUGCCAGGUUUCUUCCAGGCCAAAAAGUUCAAUCUUGGUUUCAUCAGACCAGAGAAUCUUCUUUCUCAUGGUCUGAGAGUCUUUAGGGGCCUUUUGGCAAACUCCAAGCGGGCUGUCAUGUGCCUUUUACUGAGGAGUGGCUUCCGUCUGACCACUCUACAAUAAAGGCCUGAUUGGUGGAGUGCUGCAGAGAUGGUUGUCCUUCAGGAAGGUUCUCCCAUCUCCACAGAGGAACUCUAGAGCUCUGUCCAAGGCCCUUCUCCCCCGAUUGCUCAGUUUGGCCGGGCGGCCAGCUCUAGGAAGAGUCUUGGUGGUUCCAAACUUCUUACAUUUAAGAAUGAUGGAGGCCACUGUGUUCUUGGGGACCUUCAAUGCUGUAGACAUUUUUUGGUACCCUUCCCCAGAUCUGUGCCUCGACACAAUCCUGUCUCGGAGCUGUAUGGACAAUUCCUUCAACCUCAUGGCUUGGUUUUUGCUCUGACGUGCACUGUCAACUGUGGGACCUUAUAUAGUCAGGUGUGUGCCUUUCCAAAUCAUGUCCAAUCAAUUGAAUUUACCACAGGUGGACUCCAAUGAAGUUGUAGAAACAUCUCAAGGAUGAUCAAUGGAAACAGGAUGCACCUGAGCUCAAUUUCGAGUCUCAUAGCAAAGGGUAUGAAUACUUAUGUAAAUAAGGUAUUUCAGUUUUUUAUUUUUAAUACAUUUGCAAAAAGAUCUAGAAACCUGUUUUCACUUUGUCAUUAUGGGGUAUUGUGUGUAGAUUGCUGAGAAAAAAAUAAUAUUUAACCAAUUUUAGAACAAGGCUGUAACGUAACAAAAUGUGGAAAAAGUCAAGGGGUCUGUAUACUUUCUGAAGGCACUGUAAAUCACAGUAGUAGAACCCAGCUCUUGCCUGUAUGAAGUAGUUUUAGAUUCUGCACUAGAAGUGAGUGAUUUACUUUUGUCAUCUCUGCUGCAGGACUGUCAGCUAGCCGUAGUGUCAUAGUCAACAACCCUGCGUAAGUAUUAUCGAUACACCAUUGACCUCCGUCUUCUCAUUAGAGCAUGGCUUCAGCUGUGUUUUAGCCUCGUAAUGUGCAGUUGGACUUUCUAUAUUGACACUGUGUUUAUCUGUAGGAAAUGCGAAGCCAGGUCCAGCGUCUUCCAAAUCAGAUACUUCAAGACAUCUUCAGCUUGCAGUAUGUAUCGGCUUCGACUCUUCUCCCUUUAUUUGACCCUUGUGAUCUGAGCAGUAAUGUUAUUCUGUAUAAUACUACAGGAGUUGUAUGAAGUCAAUAUUGUGUGGUCUGUCUUCUAGGGAAUGAAGUCAUCACAGUAAAGACACCUGCGUUUGCAGAGUCAGUCACAGAGGGGGAUGUGAGGUGGGAGAAAGGUACAGUAACUUAGGCUUAUUUAGUUUGUGUCUGUUCUUUGGGCUCAUUUACAUGUUGGCUGCAGCCGGUAGAUAUUUCUGUUAGCCACGCUAAAUGGAACUCUCUCCUUGCAGCGGUUGGUGACUCUGUCAAAGAGGAUGAGGUGGUUUGUGAAAUUGAGACGGACAAGGUAUGACAGCUCUGGAAGUCUAUUGUUUAUGGUCACGGAAUAACUCACCUUUUGAAAUUCAAUUUUUACAACAGCCUAUAUUGUAAUAGACUAAUAGGGUUGACUGUUUUUUUGUUAAUAACAGAUCUAAGGAUAGUUUGUUGUAUCAUGCAUGGUCUGCAAUGGUUUGUCUCGCUCCACAGACAUCAGUGCAGGUGCCGUCUCCUGCUGCUGGGGUGAUUGAGGAGCUGCUGGUCCCUGAUGGGGAGAAGGUCGAGGGAGGACAGGCUCUCUUCAAACUCCGAAAAGGAGGUCAGUACCACUGAGUUUACCAGGUAUAUGGUCGGCACAUCCUCCACUGGUCUGACUUGAGUGUGGCAUGUUAAUGUUGGAGGACCCAAUAAAAAAUAAUAAAACAUCUUCUAAAUUCCAUCAAUUCAAGACACAUGGUAGAUGUCGUGUUUACGGAGGUAUUAGAUUAUAUUUACCUACACAGUAAACAAAUGUGCUAUUGUCUAGUGUUAAUCUUGCCUGAUGUGCAUUCUUAUAACUUUCUCUCCUCAGCUGUUGCUGCCCAAGCUGCAGAGGCUUCAGCAGUAGCAGUCCCUCCACCCCCUGCUGCUGCCACACCUCCCUCCCCUGCUCCCUCUGCAGUGGGCCCCAUCCCCACCACUAUGCCCGCCGUGCCACCCGUGCCAGGAGCUGCCAUCUCUGCCACACCAGGUUAAUCAAUCAAUCACAUUUACUUAUAAAGCCCUUUUUACAUCAGCAGAUGUCACAAAGUGCUUAUACAGAAACCCAGCCUAAAACCCCAAUUAGCAAGCAAUGCAGAUGUAGAAGCACGGUGGCUAGGAAAAACUCCCUAGAAAGGCAGGAACCUAGGAAGAAACCUAGAGAGGAACUAGGCUCUGGGGGGUGGCCAGUCCUCUUCUGGCUGUGCCGGGUGGAGAUUAUAAGAGUACAUGGCCAUUAAGGCCAGAUCAUUCUUCAAGAUGUUCAAACAUUGUUAAGAGAAGAGAGAGAGAGAAGGAAAUUAGAGGGAGCAUACAUGCGUUCACACAGGACACCAGGUAAGACAGGAGAAUUACACCAGAUAGGACAGACUGACCCUAGCUUAAAGGUUGAGACCGAGUCUGCGUCUCUCACAUGGAUAGGUAGACCAUUCCAUCAAAAUUGAGCUCUAUAGGAGAAAGCCCUACCUCCAGCUGUUUGCUUAGAAAUUCCAGGGACAAUAAGGAGGCCUGAGUCUUGUGACCGUAGCGUACUUCUAGGUAUGUCCCGUGUAGCUCAGUUGAUAGAGCAUGGCGUUUGCAACGCCAGGGUUGUGGGUUCUAUUCCCACGGGGGGCCAGUAUGAAAAUGUAUGCACUCACUAAAAAACUGUAAGUCGCUCUGGAUAAGAGCGUCUGCUAAAUGACUAAAAUGUCAAUGUAUGUACAGCAGGACCAAAUCGGAGAGAUGGGUAGGAGCAAGUCCAUGUAAUGCUUUGUAGGUUAGUAGUAAAACCUUGAAAUCAGCCCUAGCCUUAACAGGAAACCAGUGGAAAGAGGCUAGCACUGGAAUAAUAUGAUCACAUUUUUUGGUUCUAGUGAAGAUUCUAGCAGCCGUAUUUAGCACUAACUGAUGUUUAUUUAGUGCUUUAUCCGGGUAGCCGGAGAGUAGAACAUCGCAGUAGUCUAAUCUAGAAGUGACAAAAGCAUGGAAUAGCUUUUUUUUGCAAAAAAAGUUUCAGAUUUUUUGCAAUGUUGCGAAAAUUGAAAAAAGCUGCCCUUGAAAUGUUCUUGAUAUGUUCAUCAAAAGAUAGAUCAGGGUCCAGAGUAACGUCGAGGUCCUUCACCGUUUUUUUUUAGACGACUCUACAACCAUCAAGAUUCAUUGUUUAGAUCAAACAGCAGAUCUCUUUGUUUCUUGGGACCUUGAACUAGCAUCUCUGUGUGGUCAAGGUUUUUAAAAGUAAAACAAUUCCCACCAUCCACUUCCUUAUGUCUGAAACACAGGCCUCCAGGUUAGGCAAUUUUGGAGCUUAGUCUGUAAGCCGGCCACUCAGUGGACUCAAUGUCAUGAGAGGUAUUUAGCCUGACCUGUGUGCACUGUUGAUUAUGGAAAUGGAAUAAAUCACUUAGCCCUUGCCUGUUGACAGUGACAAUUGCUAAUGGAUAAAUGGAGGUGGUGAGGCAUUAACAGCUCCUGUUCCCCUGUCUGUCUGACACAGUUUCAGCCAUCAAACCCACUGCUGCCCCAGCCGCUGUUGCAGAUGGAGGGGGUAAACCAGCCAGGACAGAGCACAGGGUGAGGCAUCAUAAUCAGGAAAUACUGCAGUAAAGGACCUAGAUUAUUCACAAUGGUUGAGAUCGUAGGUGGUGUUCGUAGAGUAAACACAAAUAAUAAUAAUAAACAGUAUAUGCUAGUAUGCAUAGCUGUUGUGGCAGUGUUUUAGUUUUUUUCUUCAGAUAAAAUAUUUUGAGAAAUUCUUAAAAUAGUUUUUUGUUUUUGGUGUGUAUUUUCUAUCUCAGGUGAAAAUGAACCGUAUGCGUCUGAGAAUCGCCCAGAGACUGAAGGAAGCCCAGAACACCUGCGCUAUGUUGACAACAUUUAAUGAGGUCGACAUGAGGUAGGAAAUAACAGAGUAGUUGGCCCUCUAGCUGUAUUAACAUUAUUAGAAAGGAAAUGGUUCUUAAGGGAGAUGAUUACUCAUCCACCACAUAUUAAACAUUAGCAGUACACUUUCAGUGAAACAGAUUCACUUAUAUUAAUGUAUACAUUUAUAUUAGGGAUUAUAUAUCUUAUCUGGAAAUAUAAAUCGUGUAUCUAAAAUAAAUGUCUGAAUAAAGUCAGGUCAAAAGUAAAGAAAUGCUAUACUUAUCUAUGUUAUUCAAGCUGAGGCCAUACAGACAAUGGUUAUAGAUUGGAAUCUGCUCAAUAGGAAAACCUGAUCCCCUCUUAAAUGAUGGAAUGUAAAUAUUUGGUUCUAAUGUUGGUGAAAACAAAGAUAAGAUUUGUUAAAACGGGGGCUUUAUUAAUUUACAAGGAAAUGUUAGUGCCCAUGUUUGCCCCCUGUGCUGAAGAUGACACUUUGAGGAUUUCUUUUCUGUGCAAAUGUGGGGUGUCAGCUUUCAGCUAUUCAGGGGUUUCUGUGCAUCCUAAUUGAAUUGGCAUUGAUGGUCUGGAGGAAGACUUCCAGGCCUGGGCUCAUCUGGAGCUGAAGGAGCAGCCAGAGCAGGAGGCCAGAGCAUCUACUGGGGCCCACAGAGACCUGUGCUCUGAGUGGACGAGCUGCCUCAACCGAUAUGGGCUUUUAUGACAGGCCAAUAAGAUUUGGAGGGUUUGGAAAGUGAAGAUUUUUAUCGCUUCUUCUCUCCUUUCUCGGAGAGUGCGUGUCUUGGGAGGGGCUAAUGCCGUUAGGGGAGAAACCCUAGAGUUUAAACCGGGUUAGAGACAGGAAAACAAACAAUUAAAAAGUGAGAUAUAAGAGCCCUUCUUCAUCAUACAGAGGAGAAAUGAGCAAUGGUGUAACAUUAGCAGCCCAGUGUCAAUAGCACUCAAUCACCAUGACCUGGAGAAGCUGAACUUUGACAGAAAAAUACAGUGCCUUCGGAAAGUAUUCAGACCCCUUGACCUUUUCCACAUUUUGAUACGUUACAGCCUUAUUCUAAAAUGGGUUAAAUUAAAAAAAAACUCAGCAAUCUACACACAAUAACCCAUAAUGACAAAGUGAAAACAGGCUUUUAGAAUUUUUUGCACAUUUAUUACAAUUUAAAAACAAGCCUUAUUUACAUAAGUAUUCAUACCCUUUGCUAUGAGACUCGAAAUUGAGCUCAGGUGCAUCCUGUUUCCAUUGAUCAUCCUUGAUAUGUUUCUACAACUUGAUUGGAGUCCACCUGUGGUAAAUUCAAUUGAUUGGAAAUUAUUUGGAAAGGCACACACCUGUCUAUAUAAGUUCCCACAGUUCACAGUGCAUGUCAGAGCAAAAACCAAGUCAUGAGGUCGAAGGAAUUGUCCGUAGAGCUCUGAGACAGGAUUGGGUCGAGGUACAGAUCUGGGGAAGGGUACCAAACAAUUCUGCAGCAUUGAAAGUCCUCAAGAACACAGUGGCCUCCAUCAUUCUUAAAUGGAAGAAGUGUGGAACCACCAAGACUCUUCCUAGAGCUGGCCGCCCGGCCAAACUGAGCAAUUUGGGGAGAAGGGCCUUGGUCAAGGAGGUGACCAAGAACCCAAUGGUCACUCUGACAGAGCUGUAGAGUUCCUCUGUGGAGAUGGGAGAACCUUCCAGAAGGACAACCAUCUCUGUAGCAUUCCACCAAUCAGUUCUUUAUGGUAGAGUGGCCAGACGGAAGCCACUCCUCAGUAAAAGGCACAUGACAGCCCGCUUGGAGUUUGCCAAAAGGCACCCAAAGACUCUCAGAAACAAGAUUCUCUGGUCUGAUGAAACCAAGAUUGAACUCUUUGGCUUUAAUGUCAAGCAUCACAUCUGGAGGAAACCUGGCACCAUCCCUACAGUGAAUCAUGGAAUUGAGGAAAAAUGAACGGAGCAAAAUAUAGAGAGAUCCUUGACGAAAACCUGCUCCAGAGUGCUCAGGACCUCAGACUGGGGCAAAGGUUCACCUUCUCAAAUCAAAUUUUAUUUGUCAUAUGCGCCGAAUACAACAGGUGUAGACCUUACUGAAAUGCUUACUUACAAGCAAUGCAGUUUUAAGAAAAAUAAGUGUUAAGUAAAAAAUUUAAAUAAUAAAAGAGCAGCAGUAAAAUAACAGUCGCUAGGCUAUAUACAGGGGGUACCGGUACAGAGUCAAUGUGCGGGGGCACAGGUUAGUCGAGGUAAUUGAGGUAAUAUGUAUAUGUAGGUAGAGUUAAAGUAACUAUGCAUAUAUAAUAAACAGAGAGUAGUAGCAGCGUAAAAGAGGGGGUGGGGGUGGGGAACAAUGCAAAUAGUUCGGGUAGCCAUUUGAUUAGCUGUUCAGGAGUCUUGUGGCUUGGGGGUAGAAGCUGUUAAGAAGCCUUUUGGACCUAAACUUGGCGCUCUGGUACUGCUUGCCGUGCGGUAGCAGAGAGAACAGUCUAUGACUAGGGUGGCUGGAGUCUUUGACAAUUUCUAGGGCCUUCCUCUGACACCGCCUGGUAUAGAGGUCCUGGAUGGCAGGAAGCUUGGCCCCAGUGAUGUAGUGGGCCGUACGCACUACCUUCUGUAGUGCCUUGCGGUCGGAGGCCGAGCAGUUGCCAUAGCAGGCAGUGAUGCAACCAGUCAGGAUGCUCUUGAUGGUGCAGCUGUAUAACUUUUUGAGGAUCUGAGGACCCAUGCCAAAUCUUUUCAAUCCCCUGAGGGGGAAUAGGCUUUGUCGUGCCCUCUUCACGACUGUCUUGGUGUGUUUGGACCAUGAUAGCUUGUUGGUGAUGUGGACACCAAGGAACUUGAAGCUCUCAACCUGCUCUACUACAGCCCCGUCGAUGAGAAUUGGGGCGUGCUCGGUCCUCUUCUUUUUCCUGUAGUCCACAAUCAUCUCCUUUAUCUUAAUCACGUUGAGGGAGAGGUUGUUAUCCUGGCCCCACACGGCCAGGUCUCUGACCUCCUCCCUAUAGGCUGUCUCAUCGUUGUUGGUGAUCAGGCCUACCACUGUUGUGUCAUCGGCAAACUAAAUGGUGUUGGAGUCGUGCCUGGCCAUGCAGUCAUGGGUGAACAGGGAGUACAGGAGGGGACUGAGCACGCUCCCCUGAGGGGCCCCCGUGUUGAGGAUCAGUGUGGCAGAUGUGUUGUUACCUACACUUACCACCUGGGGGUGGCCCGUCAGGAAGUCCAGAAUCCAGUUGCAGAGGGAGGUGUUUAGUCCCAGGGUCCUUAGCUUAGUGAUGAGCUUUGAGGGCACUAUGGUGUUGAACACUUUGCUGUAGUCAAUGAAUAGCAUUCUCACGUAGGUGUUCCUUUUGUCCAGGUGGGAAAGGGCAGUGUGGAGUGCAAUAGAGAUUGCGUCAUCUGUGGAUCUGUUGGGGCGGUAUGCAGAUUAGAGUGGCUCUAGGGUUUCUGGGAUAAUGGUGUUGAUGUGAGCCAUGACCAGCCUUUCAAAGCACUGCAUGGCUACAGACGUGAGUGCUACGUGUCGGUAGUCAUUUAGGCAGGUUACCUUAGUGUUCUUGGGCACAGGGACUAUGGUGGUCUGCUUGAAACAUGUUGGUAUUACAGACUCAGUCAGGGACAGGUUGAAAAUGUCAGUGAAGACACUUGCCAGUUGGUCAGCGCAUACGUCCUGGUAAUCCGUCUGGCCCUGCGGCCUUGUGAAUGUUGACCUGUUUAAAGUUCUUACUCACAUCGGCUACGGAGAGCGUGAUCACACAGUCGUCCGGCACAGCUGAUGCUUUCAUGCAUGCUUCAGUGUUGCUUGCCUCGAAGUGAGCAUAUUAGUAAUUUAGCACGUCUGGUAGGCUUGUGUCACUGGGCAGCUCACGGCUGUGCUUCCCUUUGUAGUCUGUAAUAGUUUGCAAGCCCUGCCACGUCCGACGAGCGUCGGAGCCGGUGUAUUACGAUUCAAUCUUAGUCCUGUAUUGACUCUUUGCCUGUUUGAUGUUUCGUCGGAGGGAAUAGCGGGAUUUCUCCUUGAAAGCGGCAGCUCUACCCUUUAGCUCAGUGCAGAUGUUGCCUGUAAUCCAUGGCUUCUGGUUGGGGUAUGAAGCCAGUGACUGAUGUGGUGUACUCCUCAAUGCCAUCGGAAAAAUCCCUGAACAUAUUCCAGUCUGUGCUAGCAAAACAGUCAUGUAGUUUAGCAUCUGUGUCAUCUGACCACUUCUUUAUUGACCGAGUCACUGGUGCUUCCUGCUUUAGUUUUUGCUUGUAAGCAGGAAUCAGAAGGAUAGAGUUAUGGUCAGAUUUGCCAAAUGGAGGGCGAGGGAGAGCUUUGUACGUGUCUCUGUGUGUGGAGUAAAGGGGGUCAAGAGUUUUUUUCCUCUGGUUGCACAUUUAACAUGCUGGUAGAAAUGAGGUAAAAACGGAUUCAAGUUUCCCUGCAUUAAAGUCCCAGGCCACUAGGAGUGCCACCUCUGGAUGAGUGUUUUCCUGUUUGCUUAUGGCCGUAUACAGUUCAUUGAGUGCGGUCUUAGUGCCAGCAUCGGUUUGUGGUGGUAAAUAGACAGCUACGAAAAAUAUAGAUAAACUCUCUUGGUUAAUAGUGUGGUCUACAGCUCAUGAGAUACUCUACCUCAGGCGAGCAAAACCUUGAGACUUCCUUAAUAUUAGAUUUCGUGCACCAGCUGUUGUUUACAAAUAUACACAGACCGCCACCCCUUGUCUUACCGGAGGCAGCUGUUCUAUCUUGCCGAUGCAGUGUAUAUCCCACCAGCUGUAUGUUAUCCAUGUCAUCGUUCAGCCACGACUCGGUGAAACAUAAGAUAUUACAGUUUUUAAAUGUCCCGUUGGUAGGCUAUACGUGAUCUUAGUCUAUUUUGUUAUCCAAUGAUUGUACGUUGGCUAAUAGGACUGAUGGUAGAGGCAGAUUACGCACUCGACGUCUGAUCCUUACAAGGCACCCCGACCUACGUCCCCGAUAUCUCAGUCUCUUUCUCAUGUGAAUGACGGGUAUUAUGGGCCAUAUCGGGUGUCUGAAGAAAAUCCUUUGCGUCCGACUCGUCCAGUACGAGGUGAGUAAUCGCUGUCCUGAUAUCCAGAAGCUAUUUUCGGUCAUAAGAGACGGUGGCAGAAACAUUAUGUACAAAAUAAGUUAAAAAUAACGUGAAAAAAUACACACAAUAGCACAGUUGGUUAGGAGCCCGUAAAACGGCAGCCAUCUCCUUCAGCGCCAUUCUGAUAACUAUCCUAAGCACACAGCCAAGACAACGCAGGAGUGGCUUCGGGACAAGUCUCUGAAUGUCCUUGAGUGGCCCAGCCAAAGCCCUGACUUGAACCCAAUCAAACAUCUCUUGAGAGACCUGAAAAUAGCUGUGCAGCAAUGCUCCCCAUCCAAUCUGACAGAGCUUGAGAUGAUCUGCAGAGAGGAAUGGGAGAAACUCCCCAAAUACAGGUGUGCCAAGCUUGUAACGUCAUACCCAAGAAGACUCGAGGCUGUAAUCGCUGCCAGAGGUGCUUCAACAAAGUACUGAGUAAGGGUCUGAAUACUUAUGCAAAUGUAAUAUUUCCGUUUUAUUUAAUUAAUUUUUUUACAUUUCUAAAAACCUAUUUUUGCUUUGUCAUUAUGGGGUGUUGCGUGUAGAUUGAUGAGGAGAAAAAAUAAUUUAAUACAUUUUCGAAUAAGGCUGUAACGUAACAAAAUGUGGAAAAAGUCAAGGGGUCUGAAUACUUUCCGAAUGCACUGUAUGUAUUGUUUUUAGGCUUGGUUGAAAAGAUUGAGAGAGUAAUGCAUGUUUGUGCUGUCCAUCAAUAUCAGAGAUGUCUAUGAAAAAUGUAUUUCAGUAUUGUCGAUUUAUUUAGUACAUAUACUGGGUGUUGGUUAGGACAGCAGCAUUCUGACGGUCUAGUUUCUGUCCACAGCAACAUCAGUGAGAUGAGGAAGGCCUACAAAGACGCUUUCCUGAAGAAACACAACAUCAAGCUGGGCUUCAUGUCUGCCUUUGUCAAGGCUUCAGCAUACGCUCUGAUGGACCAGCCUUCCGUCAACGGAGGUAUGCUUUCCUUUACCCAAAGUCACUUUAACUUGUCAUAUCAAUCUGAAUAUGGCAAAACAAAUGUAGCAUCCACUGGUAUCAGGCGUAUUGUGGAUAAGAACAAGAACGCAAUUUAAGUUUUUGCCUCUUACAUAGACAAACUUCAGAACCACAUUGUAGUUAUGUACUCCACCAAGGCCUCUCUGGCCUAUUUAAACUAGCCACAGCCAAGGAGGUUGUGGCUAAAAUUGUCUGUGGGUUUCCCCUCCCACAGACAGAAAAAACACUAUAUGCUUCAAGGAAGUGAAUCAUAGAAGCUAAAGCAAUAUUUAAAGUUAAUUAGUUACAGUAUUUUAAAUGUUUAAAACCUAUUUUCACACCUUUUCUCUUUUUAGUAAUUGAUGACACCACCAAAGAGAUUGUGUACAGGGACUACGUAGACAUCAGUGUGGCUGUAGCAACACCAAAGGUAAUGCCAAUGUUUGGCUAUUCACUUUUAACACAUUUACAACAGGGCUAAUAUACAUGAACCGAAAAUCUGAAUAUCUCAUUCGUCCUGUCUCCCAGGGCCUGGUGGUGCCUGUGAUACGUGGAGUGGAGGGAAUGAAUUUCACUGACAUCGAGAAGACCAUCAAUGAGCUGGGGGAGAAAGUAGGAGAACAAGGAUAUGCUCUGUUUCGCUGUACUUUGUUGUGCAUUUUCUAAGUUGAUGUUGAUUGCAGGCCCGUAAGAAUGAGCUGGCCGUGGAAGACAUGGAUGGAGGCACCUUCACCAUCAGCAACGGUGGCGUAUUUGGAUCCAUGUUUGGCACGCCCAUCAUCAACCCUCCGCAGUCUGCCAUCCUGGGCAUGCAUGGCAUCUUCGACAGGCCAGUGGCCAUCGGGGGCAAGGUGGGUGUUGGCUCUGUUCUGUAGACUUUGAAUUACUCCAUAUAUUAUACUCAUAUCUCAGGAGACCCCCUUAUCAGAUGUGGAAUAGAGACAGGAAGCAUUAUUUGUUUGUCUCUGAAGCUCUUCCUCCUCUGCUGCAGGUGGAGAUCCGCCCCAUGAUGUACGUGGCUCUGACAUAUGACCAUCGGCUCAUCGAUGGCAGAGAGGCGGUCACCUUCCUGCGUAAGAUCAAGGCUGUGGUAGAAGACCCCAGAGUGCUGCUCCUGGACAUGUGAGCCAGCCUCUCCGCAGUCACAACAAACCACCCUACCGCCCUUCACACACAGUGGCUAUACCCUUCCUCCUGAUGACAUUUAUUGUUGGUUAACUAGACAAAGGGAUACUUGAAGAGAGCGAAAGGUGCAUUGGACUUAUUGCAUGGGCUGAAAUAGUGAAAGAAUUUAUGCUAAAUGUUCUAUAUGUCUGGAGAUGGAGAGGGUGUUGUACAACUCAAAGCACCAUUUGCCAUUUUCUACCUACAAUAAAUAUUUGUCAAAUAAUUGUAAUAUAAAUGGCAAAAGAAAUUUGCUUAGUUAUGUAUUCAUUUAUUUUUGCUGAGAAAAUAACAAUUGUAACUUAUCAUAAGAUGGACUGCAAACAGUGAACACUAUCGCCUAAGAUGUGGUACAUGGGACAGGUUUUUAUGCUUUGUUACACUGAUGAAAUCACAGUGGGUCCUUUAAAAAAAAAUCUGAUUCACGCACACCCUAAGAAAAGUAUUUAACAAAAUCUUAACCAUCUUUUUUGUUGUAUACUGUUUACACAGACACUUGCCUUUUUUACAGAAUGCUCUCAAAAUGACUGAUGAUAACAAUAAUUCAGAAACCAGGUGGCUGUUGUGGUUUAAAAUAGAUGCUGCCAGGGCUUGGAAGCUAAAAUAAACAUUUAAAAGAAGCAUGCCAGUGACAAGCCACUACACAAGUCAGUUUCAAGUUUUAAUUUCACAUG